ACUUACAUUAGUCUGUUCCGACGCGAGUAUCUAUACACACCAAAAAACAUACUUACGCAAACGCGCUCCGCGUACACAUUCUUAUACGUAAUGAUAUUUUUUAAAUCUACAUAAUAUCAUGAUAUUAAGAUGUCCUCAUACUGUCGCAUUACCGGUAGAAGUCGUGGUUUGCCGAAACCAAAUUAUUUUCCUUUACUUCCACCAAUAUCACCAGCAGAUGCUAAAAGAUUUUGUAGAAUUACUGGUAAAUCUUAUGGAUUACCUGCACAUCAUUAUAUACCAGUGUUGAUGGGCAGAAAAAAAAUAUUAACAUCUGGGUCGAAUCAUGAAGUAUUAAACGGAUAUAGAUAUGUGUUUCCGGUUAUAGAAGGAUGCAUAGAACUUUCAGAAGUAUUAAAAUGUGAAUGUGAUAGCAAAAAAAGAUAUGUGUACGCGGUAGACAAGCGUAGGUGCAGUCUUAUCUUCCCAAACAAUUUAGAAAUUGCUGUUAGAGAUGGGAACGUUAAAGAUAUAAUGUUUUCCGAAACUAGUGACACAAUAUUACUAAAAUUACGUAAGGGUAAUACAGUAGAGAUAGAAGUUAAAGAUGUAGAUAUAUCAGAUUUGCAUUUAUUAGAAGGUGAAGGCUUUAGGAUUAGGCCUAAAAAAAAAUUAAAAUCUACUAUAGACGAUUGGAGACGAAAAAUAUUUGAAGAUAAAGAAAAAGAGGGAGAAGCUGAGCUUGAGCAGGAAGAAUUAAAAUCAAAACGUUUAACAUUUUCUACUGGCUAUGGUAAAUUAAAAACACCUAUUAAGUCAAAGUUCGCUGUUUUAAACACAAAAUCUUUAAAAUUUGAUGAAAUAAAAAACAUUGUUAAACCAUCUGUUAAAAAGUUAAUUGACAUAGUUAAAUCAUCAAAUAUUAAACUUGACUGUGAUAUAAUGCCUGAUCCUAUUACCAUUGAACCUAGUAUUAUAGAUCUCAGUACAGCAUUUCCAGGUGUUAUUCAUCAGCCAUUAAUUGAUAAUUCGGUUCUUACAAAUUUACCAAUUAAUCCAGUUAUUUCAUCAAUAAAACCAUUAAUAAGUAAUUUCACAAAAUUGUACCGUGUUUCACCAGAUAAGGAUUCAUUGUUUUUUACAGAAUUAAAAGAAUUUUUUUCUGGUGGAGAAAUUGACAAAUUAAUACAAUUAAAUGAAGUUGAUAUAUUUAUAAAAAAUAUGCAUUUAGGCACACAAAAUAUUAUUAAUUCAGAAAAAGGAAGUAUUAAAACGCUAAAACUCGAUAUUGAUGGUACACAAAAAUAUAUUCCUGGACAAUAUGUACAAACACCAGAAGGUAAUAAAUUUAUACCUGGAACAGUUUUAAGUACACCAAAUGGUGAAAUGUUUGUACAUGGCUUAAUCAUUCAAUCUUCUGAAGGACCAAAACUUUUACCUGGACAUGUCGUUGGGGAUUCUCAAUCUCCUAAAUUUGUUGUUGGACAAAAUAUAAUAACUAGAGCUGGUGAAUCAUUUGUACCCGGACAAAUAGUCACUAUUAAUGGUGAACAAAAAUUCAUCCCAGGACAAACAAUCAUAAAUCAACAUGAUAUAAGUUUUGUUCCUGGUCAAGUUAUUAAUACUGAAGAUAUCUCACAAUUUAUUCCAGGUCAAACUAUAAUGACGAAUACAGGUCCUGAAUUUAUACCUGGUCAAUUUUGGGAAGGUAAUAAAAUUGAAUUUACUCCAGGUCAGAGCAUUUUGAAAGAAAAUGGAGAGUGGGAAUUUGUUCCAGGAGUACGGGUAGGUUCUUCAUUUGUUCCGGGGUUAAAUAUCGAAGAAGAAGAGCGUAAAGAUUUUGUCCCAGGAAGAAUAGUUGAAGCAAAUGGCUUCACAUCUUUUAUACCCGGUAUUACAUCAUUAGAUAACAUUGGAAGUAUGCAAUUUAUGCCCGGAAUCAACAUAGAAACAGACCAUGGAACUAAAUUUGUGUCUGGGAAUAUUUUAAGCGAUGAAACUGGAAAUAAACAGUUUGUGUUGGGUCGUGUUUCUGCUUCAAAACAUGGACAGAUCAAAUUUAUUGCUGCAAAAUCAAUUGAAGAAGUCGUAUGUUCAGAUGAAAUUCAGUCGGGGAUUUUAACAAAUAAUUCAUUUUAUCCCAUGGGAGAAAAAUCUGAUGAGGUUUACGGUCAUAUGGUGCAAACUGCAUAUGGUAUUGAAUUUUAUCCUGGUGAGAGAAUUGGCUUACCCGCUGGUAAAAUAAUUCCUGGUAAAUUAUUUAGAAAUAACGGUGUGAGGUUUGUUCCUGGAGUUAUCGUCGAUGAUAAAUUUGUACCAGGUCAAGUAGUAGUAACAGAUCGAGGAGAGCAAUUUGUACCUGGACAAGUUAUAGAAACUCACAAUGGGCCUAAGUUUGUUCCUGGACAAAUUGUUGAUACUGAAAAUGGUUCAAAAUUUGUGCCAGGACAAACAAUGGAAACAAAAGAUGGUGUAAAGUUUGUACCUGGUCAAAUAGUUGAAACUAAAUCAGGGCCUACAUUCAUACCCGGUCAAAUUAUAUAUACAGAAGAAGAAGGAUCAAGAUUUGUUCCCGGACAAGUUGUAAAUACAGUAGAAGGACCUAGAUUUGUACCAGGAAGAGUUAUAGAAACUGGUGAUCGAGUCAUUUUUGUUCCUGGACAAGUAGUUGAGACAACAGAGGGUUUAAAGUUUAUUGCACCUGAUCUUCAUGAUGAAGACGAUGGUAAUUAUAAAUUUAGUGUUCAAGGUUUUGAAGUUCCUCCAGAAGAACUUAAAGUUCUUCAACCUAGUUUUCCUCAAUCUUCAUACUUCACAAAAAGUAGAGAAAUGGCGUUAGAUUCAAAAAUGUUGGAACAGUUGUCAUUAGCUGGAAUGAGUAUUGGACGACAUGUGCCUGUUGAAUUACCAACUGUUGAUGUAAGCUCUUUACCGUCAAUGCAUAUAGCUACAGCUAUUUCUGAAAAAAUAGAGCUUAAUAAUGAAGCAACUAUAAAAUUAGCCCAUAUAAUUAAUCGUUUAUGUAAACUAGAAAUUAAAAAGUCAUACUAUGGAUCACCAUUGCUUCAAUCACUUAUAAAUAAACUGCCACAAAAUAAAUCAACAGAAAAUGUAGGUCUUAUUUUAGAAACUAUUCUGUCCUCUGGAAAUUCUAGCCCAACUGCAAUAUUAAAUGAAAUAUACACAAUUGUAUUUGAUGAAGGAUUUAUUACAGAUUUAAAAAAUCCAAACAAAGUUAAUGUAUUAAAAGGUAUUAUGAGUAAUUCAGAAAUUGAACCUAAUUACAUAUCAGAAGCGUUUAACGAAAUACUUAAUGAAAUAGAAGAUUCUAAACUUCGUUUAGCGUUUGAACAUAUUACGAAAAACAACGUAGAGCUAUUAAAUCUAGUAAAAUUAAAAAUAAAUUUAGAACACGUUCAAACUGAAAAAGAAGCCAUCGAAGCAUUACAGUGGGCAAUCGUUAAUACAAUCAAUGAAACUAGUGAUAUUAGUGUAAAUCAAGUUUUAAGUAAUAAAAAAAGUGAAUGUUUUAAUCGUUUGUUAUCUGAUGCUGUAGCACUCGCAAAAGCUCUUGGUUUAAGAGAAGUUGUAUCAGUUCUUAUAGAUGUACUUGAUGACCGUCGAUCUUCUGACAUACUAGCAUCAGACAAAAUAACUAUUGAUAUAUUGAGACGAUUAACAGUAAUGAGAAAACUUGCAGAGAGAAGACCAGAAUUCAAGUGUACUUUAACAAGCAUGACAAAUGAUCCACAUGAAGCUAGAAAAGAUCCAAAUUUACGUGAGCUAGUCAGAGAAAGUGCAAUUUUAUUGUUUCCACCUGAAGUAAAAGUUGAAACAUCUUUUGAUGUACCCUUGGAACUAUUUAGUCCUUUGAAUAGCUUAGCUAUGGAAGAUUUUAUGGUGAAAUCCAGAAAAAUGGGAAUUUUGCUUAUAAUAAAAAAUGGACUCCAAGCAGUAGUACCUCGUGAAGCAGCUAGAUCAGUUUUGACUGGAGAAGUUCCUUAUUCAGUAUUGGAUGAAAAAGGAAUACAUCGAUUUGAACCAAUGAAUGUUUUGGAUGCAUUGAAACUUCCUGCUUUUACUCCAGGAAGAUAUUCUAUGUAUAAAUGUGCUCUACAAAGAACUUUAACAGAAGAUGAUGGAACACUUACAAGAGACAGUUCUAUGAGUAUUGAUGAAAGAGCAUUGUCAACAGAAGAGGGUGGUGGAGAAGAAUUUGAAAUUCUACAAGAGUACGAGUCAGAGCCUAUUGAGGGAGCUGAUGAAGAAGACAAUUUAAUAUUAGAAUCUGGAGACAGAGUAGUUGUAUUAAAACAGUCCAAAGAUGACCCAUCAAUGGAUACUGAGGUAAUACGGGAUUUACAUUUGGACAAUUCAGCAGCCAAACAUAAAAUGUCUAUUAGACCAAAAAAAAAUCACUCCUUCAAGCAAAAAACUUUGGAAUCACAUGGGUCAUUAGUACAAAGUGUUGACGAGCCUACAAAAAUGGGAUAUGUUCCGAACAGUAUACUUAAAAAAAUACCUACUCCAAUUAGAGCCACUGCUAUUAUUCCUGUAGAUGGACAAAGCUUAUCAAAAAAAGAUGCAAAAUUCAAUAGAGAUGUUGUUCUUGCUGAAUUGGUUGAAACUGAAGAGGAAUUUGGUCAAGAUAUUCAAGAAGUAGUAGAAAGGUAUUUAAAUCCACUAGAACGAAAUGAUGCGCCCAGGUUGGUUACAGAUAGCAAAGAUAUUAUUUUUAACAAUUUAAAACAAAUUUCACAGUUCCAUAACACAGUAUUAAUAUCUGGUUUAAAAUAUGCUGCUAGCGAACCAAAAACAAUGGGAAGAACUUUUUUGCGACUUGAACGAGAUUUUGAUAAACAUGUUAACUAUUGUCAAACUGAACCUGAUUCACAAGAAUUUUUAGAAGAAAACUAUGAAGUACAUGAGUAUUUUGAGGAUGAACGAUUAAAGCAUAGUGAUGAUAAAAGUCUUUCUGAACAUCUUAAAUUACCAAUUCAGCGUAUUAAUGACUAUCAGCUUUUAUUAAAAGAGUUAAUUAAAUAUUCGUUAUUAAUCGGAGAAGAUACUACUGAUUUAGAGAGAGCUCUUGAGUUAAUGUUAUCAAUCCCUCAUCGAUUUAAUGAUAUAAAAUUUUUAACUAAUAUCGAAGGAUACCACGGCUCUAUUCACAAACUAGGUCGAUUAUUAAAACACGGAUGGUAUUAUGUUCAAGAUGCUGAAGAUUCAAAGGGACACCAACGAUACUGUUUUUUGUUUAAAUCAAGAAUACUAGUGUGUAAAGUACGUCGUAUUUCUGAAGAAAGAUCUGUGUUUGUUUUAAAAGACAUUAUCAGGUUGCCUGAAGUAACUGUUAAAGUAGCUCCUGACAGUAAGCGUGUUUGGGAACUUUACCAUAACCAAGGAGAAGUUGGAAAUUAUCCUUUUACGUUUAAAGCCAACGAAGACAUAAGUAGAGACCAGUGGAUUUCUGAAAUUAAAGAUCAUCAAAACGAUUUACGUGAAAAAGAAGAGUUGAAAGAACGGUGUUGGGAAAGGGAUAACAUUUCUAUUUGUGAAACAAGCGUAUCAUCAACACCAGUGACGAAAGUUGAACAUAAUAACGACGAUCUCAAAGUUCAGAAACAGAAAGACGAAGAUUUAUUUGAACCUUUAAAAGGUAUUGAGUUGGAUAUAUCUUCUGAAAUUGAAGAAGGUUUGGAUCCUAUUGAAAGAAGAUUAGCACCUAAACCACUGAAACACGUAGAAGAACCCAAACGACCUCCUCUUACACUGCCUCAUAAACAACCAAUAUUUGAAUGUACAUCACCACCCGGUGAAGUUCAAAAAUCUCCAGAACUUCCUAAACAAGAAGUUGAAGUAGUAUUAACACAAGAACCUGUAAUUGAUGAAAAAACUAUAGAAGAAAAACCCGAAGAACUUAUUGUUACUGAUCCCCCUAUUACUAAAAUGGAUCCUCCUCUUUCUCCUGAAAGAUCACCAUCACCUGCUGAAGAAGUUAUUGAAGAAGAACCGCUCAAGUAUAUACCAGGCGUUUCAAAACCUUAUUUCCACACAAAUAUUAAAGGAACAAACCAUGGAGGUAUAUUUGAAGAGAAUAAAGAAUGGUGGGAUGUCAAGGGUGAAUAUAAAUCUGAACGUUCAGUCAAUAAUGAAUCUUCUCUUGAAGCUGGAGAAAAUGCUGUUUUUGAAUGCCAAAUAGAAGGAGCUAUAACCGUAACAUGGCUAAAGAAUAAUAUGCCUUUGCCAAAUAGUAUAUCUCAUAGAGUUUCUAUUACAGGAGAUAAAGAAAAUAAUGUAUAUAAAUUGCAAAUAAAUAAAGUAAUAGAAUCAGAUUCAGGAACCUAUACGAUUAAAGCUGAAAAUGAUGUCGGGACAUCAACUAGUACUGCUCAAUUGUUUGUCGAAAAUAUUACUGCCAAUGAAAAGAAAGCUAGAGCUAAAGCAAAUGCACCACUAUUUACUGUGAAACUUUCCGACGCCGAACUUUUAGAAAAUACUCAUGCAAGAUUUAUGAUAGAGAUUAAAGGGAGUCCAGCUCCAAAGUUGAAAUUUUACAAAGGUGAUGUAGAACUCUCUCAAAGCAAUGAAAGAAUACAAAUAUUGGAAGUCAAUAAAGAAAUGGGUAUGUAUGAAAUAGUAAUACCCAAUGUCAAACCAGAAGAUGCAGGAGAAUAUAAAGUUGUAGCCAGUAACAAAUACUCAGAAGACUCUUGUUCAUGUGUGGUAUCUGUAACUAAUGAAAAAGAUUUAUGGACACGGAUCGAAAAUCAUACUCCAGAUAUAGCCCCAAAAUUUACUUGGUUAAAGAAUGGAAAGGCUUUCAAUCCAGAAGAAAGAUUCAAAGUGUUAUUUAAGGAUGAUGAAGAUUCUUUAGCUUUGGUAUUUCAAAAUGUAAAACCGGAAGACGCAGGGUUAUAUACAUGUAUUGCUUCAACAUCACACGGAAAGAUUUCAUGUAGUGCUGAAUUAAAUGUGCAAGGCGUUGUCAAAGAAAGAAAUUUACCUUGUGCUCCAAAAAUUAUUACAGAAGUAAAAGAAUUUGAGACUAAAAUACACAGCACUGCAAUUUUAGAAGCUAAAGUUUAUGGCGAUCCAGAACCGGAUGUAGUUUGGCUAAAAAAUGGCGAAAAAAUACAAAAAAGCACAAGAAUAAAAACAAUGUUUGAAGAAAAUACUUCAUCAAUAGUGAUAAAAAAUGUCGAAGUUGAUGACGAAGGAGAAUAUCAAAUCAUUGCCCAAAAUGAAGUUGGAACAGAAUCUGAAAUAGUGAAUCUAUCAAUUAAAGCUGCUCCGAAAUUCAAAAAAAAUUUAUUGGAUUACGAUGGCGUUACUGGAAAAGAUAUUUCGUUGACUGUAGAAAUAGAAGCGUCACCUAAACCAAUUGUUCAAUGGUAUAAAGAUAGUAAAACUAUUAAAAAAUCAAAUAAAAUAAAAUAUGUAACUGAUGAAGUAUCUGGUACUUAUACUCUAAUUAUUUUGAAUACCAAAAUGGAGGAUGCUGGUUUAUAUUCUGUGGUUGCUUCAAAUCAGUUCAGCCAAAUAUCAGAUGCUUGUCAGGUGAACCUAAAAAUGCCUCCUCAAUUCAUUGGUGCUUUAGCUAAGGAAGUAGAAACUUUUGAAGGAGACUAUGUGUCACUUAGUGUCAGAGUAGAAGGAGACCCAGCUCCCCAAGUAAAAUGGUAUUUCAAUGAUGAAUUAAUUAUUCCUGAAAAUACACAUUUCAAAACAAAUACCGAAGGGGAUGUGCACACGUUAUUAAUAUGUAAUAUAACUAGGCAAGAUUCUGGUAAAUAUACGUGUGAAAUAAGUAAUGAAUCAGGAUCCAACACUAGUGAAGGGAAAUUGUUUGUAAAAUGUCCACCGAUUUUUAAAAUUCCCUUGAAAGAUACUAAGACAAUUGAAGGUGAUACAGAUGUAGAAUUUACAGUGCAGCUUAACGCAUAUCCAAAACCGACUGUGAAAUGGUUUCGCGAAGAAGAAGAAAUAACAGAAACUACAACAGAGUUCACUUGUGUUGAAGAUGGAAAUAAUUAUAAAUUGAUCAUUAAAGAGGCUAAAACAAAGUUGUCUGGGAAAUAUAAAUGUAGGGCUACUAAUGAAAUUGGCUCGUAUGAUUCUGAAGCAACUCUUACUGUAAUGUCUCAACCUACAUUUAAAAAUGGCUUAAAAGAUUUGGAUAUAGCAGAAGGUGGUUUACUUAAACUACAAGUAACCUGUUAUGGUAGUCCGCCUCCGGAAAUAAAAUGGUAUAAGGAUGGUAAAGAAGUCCGUAGUGGUGCACAUAUUAAGAUAUCGAGGGAUACAAAGAGGGUUGAAAACUUUAGUUUAACUGUUAAUUUGGUGAAAUUUGAAGACGGCGGAGAAUACGAAGUUAGAGCAACCAAUGAAAUGGGAACAGCUGUCACUAAGAGCAUAGUUAAUGUUUUAGCCAAACAUUUAACCGAUUAUCAAGAUGAUGAAAACAAAGCAAAGCAAGAUAAAAAAGAAGUGGGUGAAACUGUUAGCAAUCAGCAUAAAGUGUUAUCAUCAUGUGAUAUGAACACAAGCAGUAUUUCUGAAAGCUGUUCAGAAUUUCUAAAAAAAGAAGACAUGAAAACUAUUAGAACAUCACAAAUAACAGAUGGUGAUAACUUCUUAAAAACUGAAAAAAGUGUAUUAAUUAUGAAUAAUCAAGCUACAGAAUUUAGUUGUGUAGAAAUAAGUUGGGAAGAUUCUUCAUCCAAAAGUAAAAGUUAUUAUGGUAUUGUCGAAGAACCAAAAGAUGAAAGAAUAAUACCAAUAAAAAUAGAUAGAGGUAUAUCUAUACACACUGCAACAGAUGAAGAAGAAGAGCCAUAUUGGAUAAUUGAUAAUAAAAAAAUGAAAAACGAAGAACAUGUUCAAACUAUAAAAGGAGAGGUAAAAAAAAAAACAUGGAUGACAUCCACUCCAAACAGUGAUGAUGAAGAUAAUAGUUCUUUAAAUGAUUUAUUCUUGCGCGUUAAAAAACAACGAAACGAUUUAGAAGAUAUAUUACAAAAUAAAAAAAUUGAUAUAGAUGAAUCCUCACUGAAUGAAAAUGAAAAUAAUAACACGUUGACAUUAAUAGAAAAAUUAUCAAAAAAAUACUCAAAACAGGAAAAUGAUGAUUUAGAAAAAUAUACAGUAUCAUCAGUGUAUUCUACCGAUUAUAAUGUCAAAAUAAGUAGAAGACCAAUAUCAAGAUUAUCAUCAUAUGAUGAUCAACUAACAAUUUUACAAAGACAAUCACUCUCAAGGUAUUCCUCAACUGAAGAUGAAGAUAAUAGAAAUAAAAAAACAUACUUAAAUGCAUCCACUGCCGAAAAAAAUUUAGACUUAAACCAUUCUUCUUUAACGGAAAAUAUAGAAGACUUAGUACGAUAUCCAAAACAAGGAUCAAUUUCAAAAUUUUCAUUAAUAAAUGAGACAUUACAAAACAAGAGGGAAUCAUAUUCAAGAUUAACAUCUGAUGACGAAAACAAUACAUUUUAUAAACAAGAAUCAUUAUCAAAUAUUAAACCUGAUUCAAUAUCUCGCUUCGAUUCUACAGAUGAUAAAAGUGGGCUUUCACAGAAAAAAUCAUUGUCCAGAUUAACCUCUGUAGAUGAAACUGAUAAACCAAAACGUGGUUCAUUAACUCGAUUCGAUUCUACAGAAGAUAAAAGUGAAAAAACACAAACCGAACCAUUGUCCAGAUUAACCUCUGUAGUAGAAACUGAUAAACCAAAACGUGGUUCAAUAUCUCGAUUCGAUUCUACAGAAGAUAAAAGUGAGAAAACACCAACCGAACCAUUGUCCAGAUUAACCUCUGUAGAUGAAACUGAUAAACCAAAACGUGGUUCAAUAUCACGGAUUGAUUCUACAGAUGAUAAAAGUGAAAAAACACAAAAAGAACCAUUGUCCAGAUUAACUUCUGUAGAUGAAAAAGAAAAAACACAACGUGGUUCAAUAUCUCGAAUUGAUUCUACAGAUGAUAAAAGUGAGCUUUCACAGAAAAAACCAUUGUCCAGAUUAACCUCUGUAGAUGAUACUGAUAAACUAAAACGUGGUUCAAUAUCUCGAUUCGAUUCUACAGAUGAUAAAAAUGAAAAAACACAAACCGAACCAUUAUCCAGAUUAACUUCUGUAGAUGAAAAAGAAAAAACACAACGUGGUUCAAUAUCUCGAAUUGAUUCUACAGAUGAUAAAAGUGAGCUUUCACAGAAAAAACCAUUGUCCAGAUUAACCUCUGUAGAUGAUACUGAUAAACCAAAAGGUGGUUCAAUAUCUCGAAUUGAUUCUACAGAUGAUAAAAGUGAGCUUUCACAGAAAAAACCAUUAUCCAGAUACACCUCUGUAGAUGACACUGAUAAAUCUAAACGUGGUUCAAUAUCUAGAUUCGAUUCUACAGGUGAUAAAAGUGAAAAAACACAAAAAGAACCAUUGUCCAGAUUAACUUCUGUAGAUGAAAAAGAAAAAACACAACGUGGUUCAAUAUCUCGAAUUGAUUCUACAGAUGAUAAAAGUGAGCUUUCACAGAAAAAAUCAUUGUCCAGAUUAACCUCUGUAGAUGAAACUGAUAAACCAAAACGUGAUUCAAUAUCUCGAAUUGAUUCUACAGAUGAUAAAAGUGAGCUUUCACAGAAAAAACCAUUGUCCAGAUUAACCUCUGUAGAUGAUACUGAUAAACUAAAACGUGGUUCAAUAUCUCGAUUCGAUUCUACAGAUGAUAAAAAUGAAAAAACACAAACCGAACCAUUAUCCAGAUUAACUUCUGUAGAUGAAAAAGAAAAAACACAACGUGGUUCAAUAUCUCGAAUUGAUUCUACAGAUGAUAAAAGUGAGCUUUCACAGAAAAAACCAUUGUCCAGAUUAACCUCUGUAGAUGAUACUGAUAAACUAAAACGUGGUUCAAUAUCUCGAUUCGAUUCUACAGAUGAUAAAAAUGAAAAAACACAAACCGAACCAUUAUCCAGAUUAACUUCUGUAGAUGAAAAAGAAAAAACACAACGUGGUUCAAUAUCUCGAAUUGAUUCUACAGAUGAUAAAAGUGAGCUUUCACAGAAAAAACCAUUGUCCAGAUUAACCUCUGUAGAUGAUACUGAUAAACCAAAAGGUGGUUCAAUAUCUCGAAUUGAUUCUACAGAUGAUAAAAGUGAGCUUUCACAGAAAAAACCAUUAUCCAGAUACACCUCUGUAGAUGACACUGAUAAAUCUAAACGUGGUUCAAUAUCUAGAUUCGAUUCUACAGGUGAUAAAAGUGAAAAAACACAAAAAGAACCAUUGUCCAGAUUAACCUCUGUAGUAGAAACUGAUAAACCAAAACGUGGUUCAAUAUCUCGAUCCGAUUCUACAGAUGAUAAAAGUGAGCUUUCACAGAAAAAACCAUUGUCCAGAUUAACCUCUGUAGAUGAUACUGAUAAACCAAAACGUGGUUCAAUAUCUCGAAUUGAUUCUACAGAUGAUAAAAGUGAGCUUUCACAGAAAAAACCAUUGUCCAGAUUAACCUCUGUAGAUGAUACUGAUAAACUAAAACGUGGUUCAAUAUCUCGAUUCGAUUCUACAGAUGAUAAAAAUGAAAAAACACAAACCGAACCAUUAUCCAGAUUAACUUCUGUAGAUGAAAAAGAAAAAACACAACGUGGUUCAAUAUCUCGAAUUGAUUCUACAGAUGAUAAAAGUGAGCUUUCACAGAAAAAACCAUUGUCCAGAUUCACCUCUGUAGAUGACACUGAUAAAUCUAAACGUGGUUCAAUAUCUAGAUUCGAUUCUACAGAUGAUAAAAGUGAGAAAACACAAACCGAACCAUUAUCCAGAUUAACUUCUGUAGAUGAAAAAGAAAAAACACAACGUGGUUCAAUAUCUCGAAUUGAUUCUACAGAUGAUAAAAGUGAGCUUUCACAGAAAAAACCAUUGUCCAGAUUAACCUCUGUAGAUGAUACUGAUAAACCAAAACGUGGUUCAAUAUCUCGAUUCGAUUCUACAGAUGAUAAAAGUGAGAAUACAAAACUUGAUUCAAAAAAACUUAAAAGGUUUUUAAGAGAUAAUACUCUGAGUAAUUUAUCGUCUUUUGACGAUAGUGAAAUAGCUGAUAAAAAAUAUAUUUCUCAACAAAACACUGAAUUAUGUAAUGAGUUUCCGGAAUAUUCUAGGGGAGAGUACAGAAAUCGAGUUGCUCCUAAAUUUAUUUCCGGUAUGGAUGACACUGAAACAUUUGAAUCUUUAUCUCAUGCGUUUGAAGUUAAGUUUCGUGGAGCACCAAAACCAGAAGUAAAAUGGUUCAAAGAUGGAAAUGAAUUAUCAAAAACAAGAAAUAUUCAAAUAAUAGAAUCGAAUGAUGAAGAAUGCUAUAAACUUAUAUUAACGGAUUUAAGAGUAGCGGAUUCUGGGUCAUACUGUUGUAAACUGACGAAUGAGGUGGGAGAAACGAUGAAAUCUGCUAAUUUAGUUGUACAAGAUGUAGAACUUCUUCGUGGACCAAAAAUUAAAAAACCUUUAAAAGAUCUUGAAGUUGAAAAAGGCCAAAAAGUGACAUGGGCAUUAACAGUUUUAGCAGACCCUAUACCUGAUGUUGAGUGGACAUGCAAUGGCAAAGAAGUUAAUGCAAACUACUCGGUUAAUUUUAUAGAAAUAGCUAACGGUCUUAAAGAAUGUACUUUCACAAUGACUAUUCCCUCUUCAGAACUCAGUGAUACUGGUGUUUACCUUGUAAAAGCGAAAAAUAAAUUUGAUUUUGCUGAAUGUAGUGCACGGUUAGAUAUUGUUAUGCGGCCAGAAAUUGAAGGAUUUAAAGAUAUUACAGUUAUUCCGUCGAUGGAAGCUAUAUUUGAAGCAAUUAUAAAAGCUGUACCUAGACCUAAAAUUAUUUGGACAGUUAAUGGAAAAGAUUUAUCUGAUCGGAAAAAUGUAGAACUCAUUUCUGAAGAACUAGAAGAAAAAAUUUCGAAAUUUAAAAUAAUUAUUGGUGAUGUAGAACCAGAAGAAUCUGGAGAAUACACUGUUAAAGCUUGGAAUAAAGUAGGCGAAACUACUGCUACAGCACAUCUUAAACUUCAUACUGAAAUCCCUUCUUUUGUUAAAUUACUGGAAGAUAAAACAAUACAAGAAUAUGAAGAAGUUCAGUUAAGCGUAAGAGUUAAUGGUGUUCCAAAACCAAAAGUGACUUGGUAUAAAAAUAAUGAAGUUAUUAUUCCCAAUCUCAGAAUGUCUAUACAUACUAAUGAAGAAGGACAAGUUAAAAGUGUUCUUACUAUUGAUCAUUUCAGUGAAGUGGACGUUGGAAGUUUUUCUGUUAAAGCUGUAAACAUGGUUGGAGAGGCAGAAACAAUAUCUAAAUUAACAAUGGCCCAAAUUAUGCCAUCUUUCGUGAAACCAUUUGAACGAAUUACCGAAGCAGUUGAAGGUUGUCCACUUGAAAUUCAAGCAAGUCUCAUUGGAAGUCCUCGCCCUUCCGUUAAGUGGUACAAAGAUGGCGAAGAACUAAAAGAAGAAAAUUCAGAUGAUAGUGAUGAACAUAAACAUUUAAAAAUAGAAUCAAAUCCAGAUGGAACUAUUUUAUUAAAAAUUGAUAAAGUAGAACCAGGUGAUUGUGGUGCUUAUAAAAUAAUUGCAGUUAAUGACUUUGGGAAAAGUACAACUAACACUGCAUUAGUCGUAAAUGAAACACCAAAGUCACCAGUAAUAAUAAAACAUUCAAAAACUAUUGUAGUAACGGAGGGAGAUACAUUAAAAAUAGAAGCACAAUACGCUGCUUACCCAGCACCUUUAGUUAAGUGGUACAAAGAUGGACACCUUCUUUAUCCAUGUCCACGUAUAGACUUUAUAAUGCUACCAAAUGGUCAUAUAGCGCUUUCAGUUGAAAAAUCUAAACUUGAGGAUAUUGGAACUUACGAAUUAGUAGUAUCAAAUGAUCUUGGAAAGUCGUCUGAAACAAUAGAAGUUACAGUUAUACCAGCUUCAAAGGUACCAGAAUUUAUAAUACCACUUAAAGAUUCAAAAAUUGUUGAGGGAUUUCCAGCAAGAUUUUCAGUUCAGUUAUCUGGAUAUCCAUUACCUGAACUGGCAUGGUUUAUAAAUGGAGUUCCAUUAGUCAUUGAUGGUGAAAAAAUUAAACAUACAAGCAGUCCAGAUGGCAUUCAUCUCAUAAUUGAAAAAACAACUUCAGUACUUACUGGAAAAAUUUCUGUUAUUGCUUCAAAUGUUCAUGGAAAAGCGUCAUCCGAAGCAAAUGUCUUAAUUACAUCAAAAUCAAACUCUAAUGUGAAAGACACUUUACCCUUAUUCUUAAAUGAAUUAAGAGAUACAACUGUUGAAGAAAGCAGUUCAUUGUCAUUAUCAGCUCCUUUCCUAGGAAACCCAAUACCAGAUGUUCAAUGGAUAAAAGAUGGAAAAAUACUACAGCCGUGUAAUAGAAUUCAUUUUUCUUGCGAUGGAUAUAAGGUUGGUCUUGAAAUACUAGACACAAAUACAGGAGAUGCAGGAAAAUAUACCUGCAUACUAGUUAACAAACUUGGUUCAGCCGUAUCUGAUGCUCAAGUUGGUGUACGAAAACUUUAUCAAGCUCCUGUUUUUACACAACGUUUUUCACACAAUCAACAGCUAUUGAACAGAGAUGCUAAAUUUCAUGCAAGAGUCACUGGAGUACCUUCUCCAACAAUUUUGUGGCACAAAAAUGGUCAUCAGCUAAACAAUUGUAAUAAAUAUAAAAUACGUCGCGAUGGAGAGGUUUGUAGUCUAUCAGUUCAUUGUGUAGAAGAAGAUGAUGUAGGUCUUUAUAGCUGUAUAGCUACUAAUAGAGAUGGAACAGCUACUUGCGAAGCUCAACUUUCAAUAGCUCCAAAGAUUAUUGAUAAGUCUAGAAAACUAGAACCUCCGUCAUUUAUGAAAAAAAUUGGAGAUUGUGAAAUUUAUGAUGGUAUGACUGCAAAGUUCACUGCAUGCGCUACUGGAUGGCCAGAGCCCGAAUAUGAAUGGUUCUUCGAUACAAAUAGGCUGUACGAAACUGAGCGUAUAAGAAUGGAAAAGGAAGAUAACGGAUUACUUCGAUUAAAAAUUUUACAUGCUGAUUCUCUUAUUGAUUCUGGUCGAUAUAAAUUACGAAUUUUCAAUCCCCAUGGCGAAGCAUACUGUGAAGCAAGCAUUCUAUUUGACAACGGACUAGAUUCUCGUUCAAAACGUCCUGUGGGAGAACUUUACAAAGAUUUCGAUCGCUACCGUGCUACUGGCGCACCUUUGCCAUUACCAGAUCCACCGAUAAUAAGCCGUAUGACAGAUAGACAAGUAACAUUAUCCUGGAAACCAUCCAUACCUAUUUCUCCUCGAGCUCCAGUCACUUACCUAGUAGAAUUGGAGGAACAACCUAAAGGCGAAUGGACUACAGUCAGAGCUGGUAUAAGAGGAAACGUUUGUGAUAUAAACAAUCUUGUUCCAUUUAGGGAUUAUAAAUUUAGAAUUAGAGUUGAAAAUAAUUAUGGUGUUAGUGAUCCUUCACCAUUUGUCUUAACAUUCAGGGAAAAACUUGAACUAGCACCACCUAAAUUUACUCCAUAUUUACCAAAAGAAACUAAAUUCAAUCCAGAAUUAUCACCUUACUUUCCGAAAGAUUUUGAUAUCGAGAGACCUCCUCAUGAUAAUUAUGCUCAGGCUCCGAGAUUUUUACAUCAAGAACAUGAUACACAAUAUGGAGUCAAAGGUCAUAAUGUCAACUUAUUUUGGUUCGUAUAUGGUUAUCCAAAACCAAAAAUGCAGUUCUACUUCGAUAAUCAACUUAUAGAAAUGGGGGGUCGUUAUGAUUCAAGUUACACUAGAAAUGGUCAAGCAACGUUAUUCAUUAACAAAAUGCUAAAUCGAGAUAUUGGUGUGUAUGAAGCUGUCGCUACCAACGAACACGGAACAGCAAAACAAAGAGUUCGAUUACAAAUUGCAGAGUAUCCUAAAUUUAUUAAAAGACCUGAGGAGGCAUUUGUAACUUUACGUAAAAACUGUAAGUUAGAAGCUCGAAUAGUUGGUGUUCCAUAUCCAGAAAUUAAGUGGUACAAAGAUUGGCAACCUCUAGUAAAUUCUGCAAGAAUUCAAAUUGAACAAGUAGAACCAGAUGUAUGUAUUUUGCGAAUAGAAGAUGUUAUCAUGAAAGAUGCAGGAUUGUAUAGUAUAAGUGCUCGAAAUCUAGCUGGCUCUAUAUCUACUUCUGUAGCAAUUCAUAUUGAAGACCGAGAAUCUGACUAUUUUAAUAAUGGUAAAUCAGAAACUAAAUGGAAACGAAAGGAUAUAUCAGAUUUAUACGACAUUGGUGACGAAUUGGGAAGAGGAACGCAAGGUGUUGUUUAUCACGCUGUUGAACGGUCAACUGGCAAAAAUUACGCUGCUAAAAUUAUGCAUGCGAAAGGAGACUACUUAACUAAAUUUAUGGAUAAUGAAAUAAAAAUAAUGAGUGAAUUAAGUAAUCGGCGAAUAAUUCGUAUACAUGAUGCUUUACAGUCACAAAAAACAUACGGUAUCAUCACUGAACUUGCUGGAGGUGGUGAGAUAUUGGAUGUUCUUACCAAACAUUCGUUUUUGACUGAAUAUGAUGUAUCUUUAUACAUCAUUCAACUAUUAAAAGCCUUGAAAUAUAUGCAUGACUUUGAUAUAGCUCACUUAGGUUUAACACCAGGAGAUAUACUAUUAUCUCAUCCAGGUGCAAAUACAAUCAAAUUAUGUGAUUUUGGACUUAGUAAAAAAAUAAACAGAAGAAAAUUAGAGCCAGUUGAAUACGGCAUGCCAGAGUUUAUUUCACCUGAAAUAGCUAAAGGAGAAGGAGUUGAUUUAUACUCUGACAUGUGGUCAAUUGGAAUUAUUACUCACUUGUUAUUGACUGGCACAUCACUUUUCCGUUGUGUUAAUGAUGCCGAUACUCUAGACAGAGUUAAAAAUGGCUCAUAUACACUCAGCACAAAAAUAAGCUCGCUCGCAAGAGAUUUCAUAUCAAAACUUUUAGUAAUAAAUCCAAAUGAUCGUUUAGACGUAAUAAAGGCUUUACAGCAUCCAUGGUUACAACUCGGUGAAGAUAUACCAGUAGACGCUGAAAAAAUCAAUACAGAUUCUCUUAGAAAUUAUUACAAUAAUUUCAAGGAUUGGUACAGUAAUUCUUCCUGUAAAAAUUGGUACAGGCGUAGGCCAUUGUCAUCAGCUUACAGCCAUCCAUCAAAAAUGAUAUACCCUCCAGGUUUAAAAUGUACACCCAGUCCAUCACCUGAACCUGAACCACCAAAACAAAAGAAACAUGUACCGUGUUGGAAGGAUAAAAUCCCUGAUAAAGAUAAAGAAAUAGUCAACACAGAUAUUGGAAUUAUUAAAUCAGAAAGCCACUAUCAAUACGGUCCAGAUACUUAUUUAUUACAACUAAGGGAUACAAAUUUCCCUGUACGUUUAAGAGAAUACAUGAAAGUUGCUGGUAAAAGCUUAACCGGUCGAGGAGGAAGUGAAUCACAUUUAGACUGGGAGACUCCUGUUAUUCGCGAGAGAAGGCGAUUUACUGACAUAAUGGAUGAAGAAAUAGAAGAUGAACAAAAAGCAAGGAUAAGUCAGUAUGGCGCUGAUGUUUAUACGCUGAGAAGACUUAAACAAGAAAUUGGAUCACGACCUACUGCUCAUGUGGAAGCUGAAGCUAUUUUAGAGUCGCGAAUAGAUGGACAACCUCCAUUCUUUAGAGAAAAACCACAAAAACUACCUAUAGAACCAGAAAAACCAGCUGAUUUAAUGUGCUUAGCAGUUGGUGUUCCAAAACCUAUUGUUCAAUGGUUUAAAAAUGAUGUAGUUUUAACAGAAAGUCAUAGAAUUAAAAUGUUAGAAGAUAACGAUGGAAGAUCAAUUCUUAGACUGGAUCCAGCUACAGAGUUAGACUUGGGUAUUUAUAAAGUUGUAGCCAGAAAUAAAUUUGGCCAAACUACUGCACGAGCUCGACUUGUUCAUGCUCGAGAACCCGGAAUUAUGGAAGUUCCAAUAGUAAAAGAGUUUUCUGAUACCGAAAUACUUUUACAAUGGGAUCAUCCAAAAUCUGAUGGAAAUGCUCCUAUUUUAUGUUAUCAAUUAGAAAUUCGUGAAAAUGAAGGAGAAUGGGAUUUAGUGGCUAAAAAUAUUGACCAUGAAUUUUGGUUUAUGCAAAAUCUGAGACCCUACACCAAUUAUGAAUUCAGAUUAGCAGCUAUGAACCGUAUUGGAUGGGGACCUAUUGGACCCUCAUCAGAAUUGGUCCGAACUAAUUUUCCUGAUUGUCCAAAGAUACAAGUACCUCCAGCAAUGCUUAAUCUUCAAAUAAUAACUGAGAGUGGUCGUGAAAUUAUUGGAGAUGAACCACAUAACAAACUAGAUUAUACAUUGGAGUAUAAACCAACAGAAUGGGUUGAACAGCCUCCUAUUGAAAAGUAUCGUUUUAUUUCCGAAAUUGCUAGAGGUCGAUUCUCAGUUGUUCUUAAAGGAAUAAAUACUUCUAAUGAGUCUAUAAUUGUAGCCAAACUAAUUGAGGUAACAUCUUCCACUGAAUCUGUUAUUAAACAUGAAUUUAAUACAUUUUGUACAUUAAAACACGAACGUUUGGCGUAUUUAAUUGAAGCAUUCAAGUUAGAAAAUGCACCAGUUGCUGUUUUCAUUCAAGAAAAACUUCAAGGUGCUGAUAUUUUAACAUAUUUAUCAACGAAAGAUUACUAUUCUGAACAAAUGAUUGCCACUAUUGUUACACAAAUAUUAGAUGGACUACAAUAUUUACAUUGGCGAGGAUAUGCUCAUCUAAAUUUACAACCAGAUAACAUAGUCAUGGCAUCAGUAAGAAAUAUUCAAGUUAAACUCAUAGAUUUCGGAUGCGCUCAAAAAGUCAGUAAACUUGGUGCUAUUGUUAAAACUGAUAGUGUGUUAGAAUUUACUGCACCUGAAAUCCUUUGUGACGAACCAGCUUUUCCAUAUUCAGAUGUAUGGUCACUUGGCGUGAUCGCUUACAUAUUACUUUCUGGAAUGUCUCCAUUCCGGGGAGCCAGCGAUAUUGAAACUAGACAAAACAUUACUUUUGUUAGGUAUAGAUUUGAAUAUUUAUACAAGGAUUUAUCUCAAGAAGCGACCAGAUUUUUAAUGUUAUUGUUCAAAAGGACUCCAACAAAAAGACCUUCAGCAGAAGAAUGUCAUGAACAUAGAUGGCUUUUACCUACUGAAUAUAUGAUUAAAAAGAGAGAAAAAACUAUGUUUCAUUCAUACAAGUUACAACUUUUUACGAAAGAGUAUCAUGAAAAGCGAACAAAGGAAGCAACUUCUUCGCAAAAACUAUUGGAUGUUUUAGGAUCAAGACAUAUAGGACUUGGUCGAUCAAAUAGUGUAGUUGAUGAAUUAUUGAUAUUCAAAUAAACCUUAUAGAAAUUCAUUUUUCUUGUUUUUGUUAUGUACAUUAUUUAUAUUUUCUAAAUGUACAAUUAAUAGACUUUUUCAAGAUAUAUCAUGUUAAUUUUAAUUCUUGUUAAACUAUUGUUAAAUAUAACCUAAAAUGUUACCAGUGUAUUCUGUAAAUUAUAAAAUACAUAAUUGUUAAUAAAA